UUCCUCUGAAAUUUCGGAGGAAGUGAGGUUUCAGAAGAAGAGGGAAAGAAAGAAGAGAGAAAAGACCCCUAGAUAGAGCUAUAGAGAGGUGGAUAUCUCAAGAUCCAUUUGUAAACCCAUCCCUCUUUUGUUGCAAUAAUCUCUGGGUUAUCAUCAAAAUUCAAUCUUUUCUACUCAGGAUACCUUAAUUUUGAUCAAUCUCAAGCUCUCUCUGAGUUGUAUGUUGUGGUCUCAACUGUAAUCUGAAGUAGCUGAAAGGGUUGUCGAAAGAGUAAAGAAAUAGACAUUCUAAUUGAUUUUAAUUUUGGGCACUGGAGAAGGACUAUCUCUGCAGUUGAAUAUUUCACAGAUGGAGAUGAUCCGUUGACAACAUGUGUGCUUCAGGAAUGCUGCAUUUGUUGAGCUAUGCAUAUAGCAAAUAAUUUGUUGAUGCUUCGUUCUACGUGGAGGGGACUAUUUAUCUUGGAUAAAGGGUCUUGAUAUCGACUGCAGUAUAGUUAUUUUCCGGUUUUUCAGUUAGUAGAGCUGCCUCUUCCAAAAAUAGUGUCAUGGAUUCUGAAUCCCGAUAUGGAGAUCUUGUUAAUGGGAAACCAACAAUGGGAACCAAUGAAAGUAAACGACGAGCAGAAAUAGUGGAGUGGUUACAUGAUUUGGUCCCUGGUUCAAAGCUUCCAUUGGAAGCUUCUGAAGAGGACCUCAGAGAAUAUCUGAUCAAUGGGGCUGUUUUCGAUAAUAUUUUGAACAGGCUGAGUCUGGAAUCUGUUGAUGAGGUUGAUAAUUCAAACUUCUCUCCGGAGUCAUAUUUGGAGAGUGUUUCAAGGUUUCUGGAGGCUAUGUAUGAUAUGGGAUUGCCCAAGUUUGAGUUGCAAGACCUAGAACAGGGAUCUAUGAAACCAGUUUUGGAGUGUCUCUGGGCAGUUAAGGAAAAGUUUAGUCUAAGCCCUGGAGAAGUCACACGUUCAUCUUCGAUCAGAAGUCCAAUCAAUGGAAGGAGGAGCUGGAGCUUAUCAGGAGCAGAAUUUGAUGGUUCACUGGAUAUUUCUCCACCAGGACAUAGUUCUUUGGGGUCUAAAGAUGAGAGACGGAAGAAUACGCAAGACUCAAAAUUCAAACGUGUUUUGCGAAGUCAUGUUGCAUCAGAACCGUCAGCUGCAUUGAUACAUCAUGUUGGACAUAAGUUUCAUGAGGUGUUUCAGUUGAAAGAAGGACGCUAUGCUGAUCUACCUGAAUCAAAAAUAUCUGAAAUGAUGAAAUCAAAUAGUUUGGAUAACGCCCCAACUCAAUCGCUUUUGAGUGUCAUUCGUGGAAUCUUAGAUGAGUGCAUCGAAAAGAAAAAUGGGGAAAUACCUCAACGUGUAUCGAUCCUUUUGAAAAAAGUUAUGUUAGAAAUUGAGCGACGAAUUGCAACACAAGCAGACCACAUUAGAAGUCAAAACAAUCUGUACAAGUCUCGCGAAGAUAAGUAUCAGUCUAGAAUUAGAGUACUUGAAACCCUUGCAACGGGGACUAGUGAAGAGACCCAGAUUGCUAUGAACAGGCUUCAGCAGUUAAAGAAUGAGAAAACCAAAAUAGAAGAGCGGAAGAAACAAGAAGAACAGGAUGUCGUUAGAUUAAUGAAAGAGAAGGAUCAGACUGAGGUUGAGAUUUCAACUCUGAGACAAGAAUUGGAAAUAACCAAGAAGAACUAUGAACAACGUUCCUUACAAUUGGAAGAACAGGCGAAAGAAACUCAAGCUGAGUUCGAUCAGAAGUUGAAUAAACUCGAGUCUCUUUUGGCGGAAUCUAAAAGUAAGGAGACACAACUAGAGGCAUAUUCUGAAUCCAAAGCUCAAAAGUGGAACAAGAAAGAACAAAAAUACCAGAGUUUCAUGGAUUUUCAGUUCCAAGCACUCCAGGGACUAAGGCAGACUUCUGAGUCCAUUAAACAAGAAGUUAUCAAUGUACAAAGGACCUAUGCAGAGGAAUUUGGUCGCUUGGGGACAAAGCUUAAAGGAUUAGCAGAUGCGGCUGAAAAUUAUCACAUGGUUCUUACAGAAAACCGAAGGUUGUACAAUGAGGUUCAAGACUUAAAAGGAAAUAUUAGAGUGUAUUGUCGUGUGCGGCCCUUUUUAUCUGGACAGAACAAAAAGCAGACGACCAUAGAAUACAUAGGCGAAAAUGGGGAGUUGGUUGUUGCAAAUCCUUCCAAACAGGGGAAAGAUAGUCAUCGCUCCUUCAAGUUCAACAAGGUUUAUGGUCAACAAACUACUCAAGAGGAAGUAUUUUUAGACACACAACCGUUAAUACGAUCAGUUCUCGAUGGGUACAAUGUAUGCAUAUUUGCCUAUGGUCAAACCGGGUCAGGGAAGACAUACACAAUGACUGGGCCUGAUGCAUCAUCCCGGAAGGACUGGGGUGUCAAUUACCGUGCGCUAAAUGAUCUUUUCCAAAUAUCCCAGAAUAGAAGUUCUUUCUUAUACGAAGUUGGCGUUCAAAUGGUUGAGAUUUAUAAUGAACAAGUCCGUGAUUUACUCCAAACGGGAGGUUCUCAAAAAAGACUUGGGAUCUGGACCAGUUCACAGCCCAAUGGGUUAGCUGUCCCUGACGCUAGCAUGCAUCCUGUUAACUCUACGUCUGAUGUCCUUGAGUUAAUGCAAAUUGGGUUAGCAAACCGAGCUGUAGGUUCCACUGCUCUUAAUGAAAGAAGUAGUAGAUCACACAGUGUUCUUACGGUUCACGUACGUGGUACGGACUUGGAGACAGAGGCUACUUUGCGUGGUAGUCUUCAUUUAGUGGAUCUUGCUGGAAGUGAAAGAGUUGAUCGCUCGGAGGUAACUGGAGACAGACUCAGGGAAGCACAAUAUAUAAACAAAUCACUUUCUGCUCUUGGCGACGUUAUCUUUGCUCUAUCUCAGAAGAAUGGUCAUGUACCUUACAGAAAUAGCAAACUAACUCAAGUGCUUCAGAGCUCUCUCGGUGGUCAAGCAAAGACUCUCAUGUUUGUACAGCUUAACCCUGAUGCUGAUUCAUAUUCUGAGACGCUAAGUACCUUGAAGUUUGCCGAAAGGGUCUCGGGGGUUGAGCUGGGUGCUGCAAAGAGUAACAAAGAGGGAAGAGAAGUUAGAGAAUUAAUGGAUCAGGUCUCAUCACUUAAAGAGAUAGUAGCGAAGAAAGAUGAUGAGAUUGAACGAUUGCAAUCACUUAAAGAUUCCAGAAUCUUGUCUGGUACCAAUGGUGAAAAGCGUGGCUUAAACUCGUUGAGACAUGGAUCAGCCUCCCCAAGGAAGCAUUCUCUUAGUGCACAGGGAAGUCGGAGAUUACCUAAAGCUGGCCUUGUUGAAAAAGCAGCGUCUGAUCAGGAUAAUUGCUCGGAAUACAGUGAUAAGCAUUCCGAAACUGGUUCUCAGCAAUCACUGGAUGAAUUCAAGCACCAUAAGGAGUUUUUCCGGCAGUCUAAACUUGCUGUAGUGAAUGGUGUUGAAGAUUUUUCUGCGGAUGGUGACCUAUUAGGGUUUGGUGAUGUGGAAUCUGAGGAAAGAUUGAGUGACAUUUCUGAUGGUGGCCUUUCUAUGGGAACUGAAACUGAUGGCUCAAUAAGCAGCAUAGUCGAGUUAACCCUUUUUCCUGAAACUGCAAAACCUGCGGAGACUACAGGCACAGAAAAGGUUAAAGCACCAACAAAAAUUCCCCGACCACCAUCAGCAAGCAGGCUUCAAACAGCAGUCUCAGCACCUGUUCGACCAACAACUACCAAGGAAACUAUCAAGGCCCCAGCAAGUGCGAGAAAAGCAGCUCUUGGCAGCAGCUCUUCGGCAAAGGUCACCACCUCCACAUCCAAAAGGUGGAACUAAGCAAAAAGGGUUUAUCCACAGCUCUUCGAUUCAUUAUUUGGAAUUUCUUUCCGAUUUUUUUUUUUUUGUGUAUUUGUGUUUUGAGGUUCCUCACCUCUCCAGCUUAUUAUUGUCUACAUUGUUGUGAACAUUCUUGUAUUGGUAGAAGUUAGCUAACAACUACGAGCGUAAAGAGAGUAAAGAAAUAGUUUAACAACUUCGAGUAUGUAACAUAUGUUUUCUUUCUCCUGCUUUCCUCUCUGUUGAAGGUCAUAAUGUAGAGAACUUGUAUGGUUCGAGUUUGGAAAUGGUAUAUAUAUACUGUUAGGAUGCAAA